CGGAAGUGAGUGUCCCCAGCGGGACCCGUUUCCGUCCAAGAUGGCGGCCGCCGGGAAGGACCUCCGCAGCGUGCUGGUCACCAGCGUCCUCAACCUGGAGCAGCUGGACCUCGACCUCUUCCGCGGGAGGCACUACUGGGUGCCGGUCACCAAGCGUCUCUUUGGUGGCCAGAUCGUGGGCCAGGCUCUGGUGGCCGCCGCAAAGGCCGUGAGCGAUGACGUCCACGUCCAUUCCUUGCACUGCUACUUCGUCAGAGCAGGGGACCCCACGGUGCCCGUCCUCUACCAGGUGGAGCGUACUCGGACGGGGAGGAGCUUCUCGGUCCGGUCGGUCAAGGCCAUCCAGCACGGGAUGCCCAUCCUCACCUGCCAGGCCUCCUUCCAGGCGGCGCAGCCCAGCCCCAUCCAGCACCAGUUCCACAUGCCGGAUGUGCCAUUCCCGGAGGAACUCCUGACCCAGGAGGAGCUCAUCCACAAGUACCUCCAGGACCCCAACCUCCUGGAGCGCUACCGGCAGGGCCUCACCAAGAUGCUGGCCCAGGAGAUUCCCAUUGAGAUGAAGCCCGUGAACCCGCCCGACGUCUUCCGCCGGAGCCAGCAGGAGCCCAAGCAGCUCGUCUGGGUGCGCGCCCGGGGACACAUCGGCGAGUGUGACAUGAAGCUGCACUGCUGCGUGGCCGCCUACAUCUCGGACUACGCGCUCCUGGCCACGGCCCUCCUGCCCCACCGGCACCACCAGGUGGGCUUCAUGGCCUCCCUGGACCACUCCCUCUGGUUCCACGCUCCCUUCCGGGCCGACCACUGGAUGCUCUACGAGUGCGAGAGCCCCUGGGCCGGAGGAUGCCGAGGCCUGGUCCAGGGGCGGCUCUGGCGCAGAGACGGGGUCUUGGCGGCCACUUGCGCCCAGGAAGGGGUCAUCCGGGUGAAGGACAGCAAGCUCUGACGGCCACGGCCUCCCUUCCACGUGACACGUGACCUGCACAGACAAAGCCUCCACACUGGAUGCGGAGGCUAACGCACUGAGAGAGAGAGAGAGAGACGGACUCACGGACAGAAGUACCCACUGGGUGGAUUUUAUUGGUCAUAUUAAUAUAUUAAUUCAUGACAGACUGGCCUUUGGGACGCCAAUAAAGUGACCGAGACUCCC